ACGGCUGAGUCACCUGACCAGGACGCGGCCGGUGCGAUGGCGGCCCCCAUACUACGCUGGGUCGGCCCUGGAAAACGUUGGGCUUUAGCAUGGGUGGACAGCAGUUCCAGCCACCGAAGAGUGUCCCCGAAUGGGUCAGCUUCCCAUCGGAUGAGGGAACAGAGAUCAGUGGCCCAGCAGUCUCUCCAUACGGCCCCGAAGCCGAGGAAAGGUGGACAUAAAUGGGCAGCUGUGGUAGGAUUGGAAGUUCAUGCCCAGAUCUCCUCCAAUUCCAAGCUUUUCUCUGGAUCUCAAGUGUCUUUUGCAGCUCCUCCAAAUUCCUUGGUUUCUUUUUUUGAUGCUUCUCUGCCUGGAACUUUGCCGGUUCUCAACAGGAGGUGCGUGGAAGCCGCAGUGAUGACAGGCCUGGCACUGAACUGCCACAUAAAUAAGAAGUCCUUGUUCGACAGGAAACACUACUUCUAUGCAGACCUCCCUGCGGGGUACCAGAUCACCCAGCAGAGGCUUCCGAUAGCUGUCCGAGGAAGCUUGACAUAUGGAGUCUUUGUGGGGAAUAAGCGGAGUCACAUGGCCACCAAGACAGUGAGGAUCAAGCAGAUCCAGUUGGAGCAAGACAGUGGCAAAAGCCUGCACGACGACCUGAGAUCCCAGACACUCAUUGACUUGAACAGGGCGGGAGUCGGCCUCUUGGAAAUGGUCCUAGAGCCUGACCUGUCCUGUGGAGAAGAGGCAGCCACAGUCGUCAGGGAGCUGCAGCUGAUACUUCAAGCCCUGGGCACCAGCAAGGCAAACAUGGCAGAGGGCCAGCUGAGAGUGGAUGCAAACAUCUCCGUGCAUCAGCCUGGGGAGCCACUUGGUAUCCGAACCGAGGUGAAGAAUCUCAACAGCAUCAGGUUCUUGGCCAGAGCCAUAGACCAUGAAAUUCAGAGACAAAUCAGUGAACUCGAGAGUGGAGGUGUAAUUUUGAAUGAGACGCGCUCAUUUGAUCACAGGCUGGGGUGCACCGUGCCAAUGAGGGACAAGGAAGGAAAACAAGACUACAGGUUUAUGCCAGAGCCCAACCUGCCCCCCCUGGUGCUGUACGACACCGCCUCCUUGCCUGUAGGAGUCGAACCCCAGCAAGUGAUCAACAUCGACCAGAUCCGAGACACACUGCCUGAGCUGCCCAGGGUGACCCGGGAGCGGCUGGUCCGGGAGUAUGGGAUGCUGCCGGAGCACAGCUUCACGCUGCUGAAUGAAGUUGGCCUGCUGCAGUUCUUCCAAAGUGUGAUGAAAGAAACUAGGGCAGAGCCAAAAAAGGUGACGAGCUGGGUCCUCAACGUGCUCCUGGGCUAUUUAAAGCAGCACAACCUGGCUGUGAACGAGAGUCCCAUCACGCCCUCUGCACUCGCUGGACUUCUCGACCUGCUGGACAGUAAAGCAAUUUCUUCAUCGGCAGCUAAAGAGGUAUUCGAGGAACUGUGGAAAGGAAAGGCGAAGACUGCGGCACAGAUUGUGUCAGAGAAGCAGCUGGAACUGAUGCAGGACCAAGAGGCCCUGGAGCAGCUCUGCCAGGCCACGAUGGAGGGGCACCCUCAAGUGGUAACAGACAUGAAGACGGGAAACCCCAAAGCUAUAAACAAACUGAUUGGGUUGGUCCGCAAGGCGACCCUGAACCGAGCAGACCCAGCUGUGAUAAAGAACAUUCUGGAGAGGCUGUCAGCAUGAGGUCCUCCUGGGGGUCCUCCUGCCCAAAGUGGGGACCAGGGCCCAUGAAACCUGAUGCCCAAGUGCUCUACAGGCUGGUGGCUCUUGGUCCCUGGCCUGAGCACACUUUCUGUGAGUUACAUGUCACGUGUUCGGGUCUUCAGAGACCCUUGUUUUUGGGGUGCAACCGCUGCCAACCCUUAGCUUCAGGGACGUCACAGCUGAGACGCUGCAGACACUGUGCCCACUGCCAGCUCUGCACUGCGGUUCCUCCUGCAGAUGCUGGCAGCUCUGCCCAAGAGUCGGCGAGUGAGUAACAGUGAUCGAGAGGAUUGGAAUGUGGGUACAGUGCAUUUAGACUAAAAAUAGGUUAGCAAAGAUGAAGACCAAACAGGUUGGUGCCAUGGAAACAGUUUGUUUCGGGCUGCGGGGUGAAGGGUGAUACACAUCUCUGAGCAGAGGGAACACUGCCCAUUCCACUUCCCGGGGACCCUGAAAGCACAGGUCAGAGAGUCAAUGAAUUUUCUGAAGACAACUGUUUUCAAAUAAAUUUAAUGAAUAAAAUAUAUACUGAAACACCGCAUAAAAAUUAACUUACACUUCAAAGAUUGUGUAAGAUUGACACCCCCACACACAAUCAGGGCAAAAAAAAGAUAUUUUAAAAAGCUGUAACAUGAAUUUGUUUUGCUUGGAAAGAAUAAGAUUAUAAAUGAGUAAAUCAAAAUUUUGACCUUUAACCAUGACUGAGGUGCAGCUGACGGUGUGAUGACAAAGGCCUCCCUGCCUCUGCCCGUUUCUGUGACAGUAACACUUCCUCCAUCACAGGGCCCCUUUGUUCAUUGCACAUCCAGUACCUCAAACUCACAAUGCUUCCUUUAAUCCUUUCAUGUCUAGUGUUCAGUUUUGAAAUGGCACGUAACAAUGGGACAUAAAAUUUUUCUCUUCAAA